CGAAUAUCGGCUCUCCCGGCCGUUAUGUCCGUUUCCACCAGCAUUUCACCAAAGCUCCCAGCAGCUGGUCGGAGUGUGCCUGACCGCAGCCAGCCUGACCUGACCAUAGCAGCCAUGGCUGACCAUCAUGUGCGACGGUUGUGUUUCGCGAGAUGCGAGAUUAGUGGAGACGUCCCAAGGGCAUCCUGAUCAACGCGGUCGUCAAGCCGUCUGAUCAAAUGGGCGUGGAGGGUCCGCCUGCUGUCUAUAUAACUGUUAAGUGGAACGCACCCACGGCCACGUCGAAAGCCCUGCCCAACUUCCACCCUGCCACUUCAAAGUCAUCGCCCCCGUCGUUCAUGCUCUCCCUCUUCUGCAACCCAAAGCAGCAACGGCCAACCAUGUCUGCUGCCCCUCAAACCGUCGUCCCAAAGGACCUCAAGAGCGACCUGGCGUCCCUCGACAAGCUCUUCGCCUACGUUGACGCCAACAAAGACUUUUACGUUCAGCGUCUUGCAGAAGUCGUUGCUAUUCCUUCCGUCAGUGGAGAGGCCGCCAGGAGGAAGGAUGUUGUUAGGAUGGGCGAGUGGCUCGUCGCCGAGCUGAAGACCUUGGGAGCCACCGUCUCGACGCACAUCCCUGGCACACAGGAAUUAGAAGGCCAAACCCUCGACUUGCCCCCAAUUGUCCUUGGACAGUACGGUGCUGACCCUAAGAAAAAGACCGUGCUCGUGUACGGACACUACGAUGUGCAGCCUGCGUUCAAGGAGGACGGAUGGAAGACGGACCCAUGGACGCUGGUGGAGGCCGCUGACGGCAGGCUGUACGGGCGUGGUUCUACCGACGACAAAGCCCCCAUCCUCGGUUGGCUGUGGGUUAUCGAAGCCCACAAGAAGCUUGGCGUCGAAUUCCCUGUCAACUUGAAAAUGUGCUUCGAGGGCAUGGAGGAGUCCGGCUCUGAAGGUCUGGACGAGUUCAUCUACAAGGAAGCCAAGGGCGAGUUCUUUGGCGAUGUCGACUGUGUGUGCAUCAGUGACAACUACUGGCUCGGCACAACGAAGCCUUGCAUCACCUACGGUCUCCGCGGUAUCUCUUACUACAUGCUUGAGAUCUCUGGUCCCGGAAAGGACCUUCACUCUGGCGUGUUUGGCGGAACCGUCCACGAGCCCAUGACCGACCUCGCCAUCAUCUUCAGCAAGCUUGUUUCCCCCAACGGCAAGAUUCUCAUCCCUGGCAUCUACGACUCGGUCGUCGCCGUCACCGCCGACGAAGACAAGCUGUACGACAGCCUGGAUUUUACCCUCAACGACCUGCACGAGGCCAUGGACUCGAAAGUCACCAUUCACAACAAGGAGAAGGACGCUCUCAUGGCCCGCUGGAGGUUCCCCUCUCUGUCGCUGCACGGUAUCGAGGGUGCGUUCCACUCCUCUGGAAGCAAGACCGUUAUCCCCGCGAAGGUUGUUGGCAAGUUCUCCAUCCGGUCCGUGCCCAACAUGGAGCCCGAGGAGAUCAACAGGCUCGUGAAGAAGUUUGUCGACGAGGAGUUUGCCAAGUUGGGUUCCAAGAACACGAUCAAGCUUGACUGCUCUCACGGUGGAAAGUGCUGGGUCGCUGACACCAACCAUUACAACUAUGUCGCCGCGGAAAAAGCUACCGAGCGCAUCUGGAAAGUCAAGCCCGAUUACACCCGUGAAGGCGGCUCCAUCCCCGUCACGCUCACCUUCCAAGAAGCCCUCAACCGCAGCGUGCUGCUUCUGCCCAUGGGCACCGCCGCCGACGGCGCCCACUCGAUCGAUGAGAGCAUCCCGACCAAGAACUAUGUCGAGGGGAUCAAGCUUUUGGGGACUUACCUCCACGAGAUCGCCGCCGCCACCGCCACCACCACCGCCUAAACCCCAUCUCAACCCCAUCUUCCCAAUCACGACCAUCCGCCUCCCACAGCGGCAACUCAACCAAAGACAUAUGAAAGGCCCUCACAUGCCCCUCGUGUAUCUCCCACAUUCCGACACGCCAAGACUCCAUUGUAGCAUAGGUUUUGCACAUAUGUAGCGAUUAGUUAUCCCAUGUACAGGAGCAUAUGAUUCACAUAGCAUUACGGCGUGGAGAUCGCUUUAUCGUGUAGGUUGUCCCCUCACGUUGGACGUGGAUUGAAUAGACACCUCUUGCUUUUGAAUCGUCUCAACAAUUGCUUUUUGCCGCCGAGGCGCCUGAUCAUUC